AUGCUGUGCUUCAAUCUAAAACUGGCUACCAUCUUUCGAUCGUAUCGCGAAGAGAAUAUACGUGACCGCAGUCAAAGUUUAUGCGCGCCACCAACUACACAUCGCGCCCCACCGCACAAGGAUAUCGGAGCGUUGCGUGUGCUGCAGCGGCGCGCAUCGAGUGUUAUCUCCUCAGCUACCGAGUUAAUAUCCAGACGCGGCGUUUUCUCACGUCAUCAUUACGGUUCGGUAGAUCAGUUACCACAAUCGGAUUUAGAUGGAUUAGAUCCAAAUUUUAAACGUUUUCGUGUGGAAAAUGGUGACUCGUUGGCAGAAAAAGAUGAGGUCUUUGGCUCGCCCAGCACACCCAUACUGGAAAACCCUGAACAUCAAACACGCUGGUAUUUCAAAUACUUUUUGGGCAAAUUGCACCAAAAUUACGUUGGCAUCGAUGCGGAGAAGAAUCAAUACUUUCUUUCGGUUGUUUCACAAGAGUCGGGACAUCAGGGGGCACCAAUGUAUCGAGCAAUAUUGUUUCGAAAGCAGGGCACACAGAAAAUCGCACUACCCUAUCAAGCCAAUCAGAAGCUGACGGUGAAGCAAAUAUUGACACAUUUCACUGGCAUGGACGCAUCGGCUAAGAAUCCCAAAGAGAUAUUUACUGCCGAUAUACAAAAAGAUUUGCUACUACUUGAGGAGCAGGAGGGUUCGGUGAAUUUCAAAUUCGGUGUAGUGUACAUGCAACCUGGCCAAGAUUGUGAUGAUGAAAUGCUGAGUAAUCAAGAUGCGAGUCAAGACUUUGAAGACUUCCUGCACAUACUAGGCGAACGGAUACGGCUUAAAGGUUGGGAUCGCUUCCGUGGUGGACUAGAUGUGAAAGGCGAUAUGACUGGCAAAUAUUCGGUGUACACACUGUACGAGGGUCACGAAAUAAUGUUUCACGUGUCGACGAUGCUGCCAUAUUCCCGGGAUAAUCGACAACAGGUGGAACGCAAGCGGCAUAUCGGCAAUGAUAUUGUUAACAUCAUUUUCAUUGACCAGCCAACCGCGAACAAGGCAAAUACGGCUUGCGCGCAAAUGUCUGCGGAUGGGGUGCAGACGAAAGGUGGCAGCGAGGUCAUACUUCCAACAGCAUUUGAUCCCACAUGGAUUAAGAGCCAAUUUACACAUAUUUUUGCGGUUGUCACAAAAAUAGACCAUGCCUAUCGGUUGGCUGUGUUUUGCGAUGAAAAUGUGCCGCCCUUCGGACCGACGCUACCAAAUCCACCAGAAUUUACGGAUAUAGCCAUGUUUCGAGAAUUCCUGCUUGUUAAAAUGAUCAACGCUGAGAAAGCUACAUUUCAAACGCCAAUAUUCUCACAAAAACGCGAAAGAACCUUGGAUAUGUUAAUAAAGGAUUUGUAUGAGGACUAUAUGGGUGAUAGCAAGCUGAAUAUGCUAAAUAGGCGAGCCUUCUCUGAGGUAUUAUACGAUGUGCCGCGCACAUCCAAAUUGAAGGAGGACGCGCGCCAAAUUGAGUUCGUCCGCAUCGGCCAGGCACUUAAACUGGAGGCUAUUGUACGUGGCGAUGCGCCAACUAGCAUUGCAUCGGCUAGUCCCUGCACGAUAUUUCGCAAGCCACCAUGGGAGCCGCAUUGUUUCUAUCCAACUUUUCUACACCGCGGCACAUUGGCUGGCGACUCAUUCGGUUGCAACGACGACAGUUUAUUUAUUGCCACCGACGAUGGCACAUUUCUGAUGAAAGAGGAUCAAUCACAUCAACUUAUCUUCGACAAGUCAUUUCAAGUACGCCAACUCAGCGUAUUGGAGGACCAUGGGCUUGUACUCAUACGUGGCGGUUCACUGACUAAUCGUGAUGCACAUCGUAUGCACGUCUUUCGUUUGCGUGAAUUCCAACCCAAAUAUGCAGAGGAGUCACUUCGUUGCCGCAGUCGUGCCGAGGUGAAGGAGCGACGUAUCGAACGCACACGCGGCUGUCAUUUAUAUGCGAGUUCACGUAUUAGUGGUGGCCAUUUGCGUUUAGUGGUGGCAGUCAACCGUAAAUUACAGUUAUUCCAAUGGAAACAUACAGCCGCCUGGACGUCCUGGUGUCCGGAGAAUGACACAGAAACGGUUGAGGGUUUCAUCUUCCAGAAGGAAAUCACGCUGUGUGAGUCGCCAAGCAUAAUAACGCCACUGGAGGGACCGACAAAUACUAAUGCGGGUGGACUCAUUUGCGUUGGCUACAAAUACCAUUACGAAAUUGUCUGUGAUCAAAUCGGUACAGCCACUAGACUCUACGACUUAGAACAAGCAAAGCGUAAUCAAGCGCAAUUAACGGCGGCCAUCGAACUCUGCGAUGGCAUGGAGACGGAACUACUUUUGUGCUACAAUCACACCUGCCAUUUUCAGAAGCUGAGCGAGCGUGACGGCACGAAAAAUGAUUUCGAUUUCCAUUGGAAUACUUCACCCACUGCAGUUGUGUGUGCUUUCCCCUACAUACUUGGUUUCACUUCGGAUUCAAUGGAAAUUCGAUUACUUGUAAAUGGAAACUUAGUGCAUACAGCAAUGAUGCCCGAACUGCAACUGAUCACCUCAAAACGCGACAUUUUCUUUGUCACCACAGCACCUGAAUUUAUGUCCAAAGAUUUACACAUUAAAGGCCUGCAAAUAAACGAGUUUUCCGCCUCAGAGCGUCGAUUGGUCACUACUCCGAGUGAGGCCUCUUCAAACGAAGAACUCUCACAAGGUGAACUACUGUGCUCAACACCAAAAGAUGUACCCAUAAAUCCAGAAUAUGAGCUAACCAAUUUGCUGGAAAUACCAAACGCCAGCAUGCAAUUGCCACAUAUACAUCGUGCGCGUUCGCUACAGAAGACGCACAAUGUGUCCGAGGAGAAGCCGGUGAUUGCUAAAAGUAAUUCUUGUGGCGACACAGACAACCGAUUUAGUGGUUUACGCAGCAGUUCGAUAGUGGCCGAUCACUUGCAGCAACACAUCGUGCCACCAAAUUCGCCACGUAAUACUAACAACAAUAACAGCAAUAACAAUACUAGUGGUAGCAGCAACAGUAACAGCAGCAAAAGUAGUCAACAAUCGCCCAUGUCGCCCACUAGACGUACAUCUAAAUAUCGCAACCUCUUCAAUAGUGUCGGAAGUAGUGGUGGUGGUGGUGGAGGUGGAAAUUCACCCAAUUUCACGGACGGUUGCUCUAGUUCACCGGACCGUUUAAAACCAUUGCGCGUCUAUCGCAUACCGUUGGCUAAAUUGACUGGCGCCCAUUCUCAUUUUCACAUGCAUGCAUUCAAUGCAACGGCAGCGGCAGGAGCAACGCCGCCCAUACAUCCGACACAACACCUGAGCGCAUUAUCGAUGACGAAACGGCAGAAGUCAGUGGAUGCGCAUCUGUCAUUAUCGAUGAGUAGCAAUCCUGGUGUUGGGUACCACGAAUGACAAAUGUGCGAGGUGAAGGCGAAUGCAAGUGGCGUCGCAUCCGCAUCCGUCACCGCCAAUCUGACGUAUCAGCAGCAGCAGCAGCCACAAGCCAAAUUAAUUGCAACGCCUUUGCUACGCGAACAGAAAUCAAUGGAUCUGCACUUUGGUGAGAGGGAUUACUAUGACGACAAUAAAUUCCGAGAGGAAGAUGAACGGCAUGCAGACGAGGUGCCGCUACUGUACAAGGGCGGGCCAAAUGCAGCGACGACGCGCAAGAGUAAGCCAACACCGUCGCCAUCGGGCGAAGUGCAAAUGUGGCUGGCAAAAGAGCUGCGCAGGUUUCAAAAAAAUCUCACACAACAAAAUUGAAGACAAACGAUUUGCAGUGAGUUGUGAAAGUAAAGAGGAUUAUGAAUGUACUCAAUUUAUUUUUGUUUUGAAGGACUUCUUGCGAAAUAUGUAAAUUAAAUAAUGACUCAUUUAGCCAAGCAGUCUUUAAAAUUCACGCUGUUGAAUUCGUGCACUUCUAUUUGGAAUAUAUUGAAAGUGGUUAUCCAUGCUAUAAAGUAGGCAAGUUCUGUAUUCGAUGAAAAUCUACAUCACCUAUUCAAUUAGGACGUAGUACUCAAAGGGAAUGCAAAUAAUUUUCUACGUCGCUUAUCUGCCUAACCUUCUAGUUACCUUAUGAUGGAAUCUUAUUUAAUAAUUCCCUCAAAUAGGCGCUGUCAGCGGAUGCAGUCACAUUUUAGUUACAAUAUAGGGUGGUCCAUAUAGUGGUUAUGUUAAUCGUAUGUUGUUUUGCUAGUGACAGCUGUUUCUUUUUCUUUAUUAUCUCUAAAGUCAAUGUUAUGUAGCCCAAACAGUGCGUUCAUUGAAAAUAAGUCAAAAUCAUCCUUUCUGAUGAAGUAUAUUUUCAUCUGUAUGGUUAUUUUAACAACAAAACUGGCGCAUUUGGGCAUUGGAAAACAAGCACGUUAUCGUCGAGAAGUCAAUGCGUUUUCCACGAGUUUCAGUUUGGUACAGAUUUUUGGAGCGGUGGCAUUAUUGCCCCAUUUUUCUUUGAAAAUACUACUGGAAACGCAGGUCCGAUCAACGGUGAUACCUGCAGAGGUGGAACAUUCUUUGUGUAGAUGGAAGUACUUUUUUUGCUGCACAGUGGUGUGUGCGUAGCUUGGCAUGUAGUGGUCCGAGUCGAUGUUGGGCCUUUGGAUCGUACGUACAUCUAAAACACUAGAAGCGUGUUCGCACAUGAUCGAUCUGGUUUCGCGUUUUUCGAUGAGGAGAGAGCCGCGUAGCUUGAUGUAUCUUUUUAUGCUGGAUUCUGGUGCUGCAGACUACCAUGUUUUGAGCUCCGGCGAAGUCGAUCAGCCUCUAUCCUUUACCGGAUGUUUCGUUAUGCAGGCUGAAUUUUUGAGACCUCCUUGUCCACCCUGGCAUUGAAGUCACCAAGCACGAUUUUUAUGUCGUAGUGGACGCAUCGCUCACAGAAACGUUCCAGGUGCUCAUAGAAGCAAUCUUUGGUCGCAUCGUCGUCCUUCUCUCCCGUCGGCACGUGAGCGCAAAUGAGCGAGAUGUUAAAAAAUCUAGCUUUGAUAAGGAUUAUCGCGGGACGCUCAUCCACCGGAGUGAACGAAAUGAGCUACCAAGAAGAUACUGCCCAAACUAUAUGCAGAAGAAUCGUCCUGGCAACCCCCAAGUGAAUGACAAUCAUGGACUUACCCCACACGGAACUAUUCCUGGAAAAUAACUAUACAGCUAACUAUAAAAUAAUAAACUUAUAGCUAUGGUGCCCAUUGUUUUGGUUAGGUCUAACAAAUUUUUAAACUGCCCCUCAGAAAGUGUUUGAUUGGUGUUGUAUUUGUAUAAUUUAUCCAGUUUCACAAUUCGUUCCUUAAAAAGGGCCAAUUCUUUUUCCAGGUGAAAUACACGGCUAUCAGUAUAUUAAAAAACUACACUUUUUAAAUAGAAAAGGAUUAACUCUACUUGCAUAGGCGCGUGAACCAAAGGAUGGGCCGUUUCGAGAUCAUUCCAGCAAUGGAAAUUUCGAUAGGCAUCGAAAGACUAUCACUAGACAACUACGCCCUCAUCCGAUCUGGUCCUAUCUCGAAAUCCGUUGUAGAAAAGUGUUACGCGCAAUCUUUUUCACCUGGUUUCAAUGAAGUGCCGCACGAUUUUACCCAAUUUUUUUUUUCCAUUUCGUCUUUUUGCCCACGUUUUGUGGUACAACAAAAACAAUAUUGCCUGCAAACUUUUUUGCAAAAGUUUUCAUUUUUGUGGGUACUUUCUUUUUAGAAUUUGCUCUGAAAUAAAAAGUAGCUUUUCCAAGAGGAUGCCACGAAUUUAUUAAGUAGCUCAAGAUGGCCAACACAGUGUGAAAAUUAGACGUGUUACAUUGCUUUUAAUUUUUGCUUCAUAUGUCGAGCUGUAAGUUGUAACAUGAACUUCGAUCUGUUUUGGACUGUCUUUCAAAUAGAAGUGUAAACAACCGCACGAGGCUAAUUCAUUUUACCGAUAUACAUAUAGAAAAAAUUAAGUUUGCUAUUUCAGUAGCCUACAAAAUUGGAAUACUUGGCAAGACAAAGUUAUAAACAAAUAGGAAAAUUGUGAGGAGAGUAAAAACACCAUACCUAAAUAUACAUACAUAUAUACUUUAUAUUUGAAUAAAUGCCUUAUGUGUUUGAUUAAAGGCAUAACGCAUUAAAAAGAAAAAAAAACGAAUAAACUUCAAAAAAUUGAAAAUUAUGCAACCGUUUUAUAUAAUACUACAUACAUACAUAUUUACAUUAAACGAGCUACUAUAUAUUCUAUGCAAAAGUUAGUAGGUAUGCAUAUGCAGCAAAGUCUAUAGAUCGUUGUCAAAUAAGAGAUAUUUAUAUAAUAUUAACUGUGUAAAUGUGUGCUGAAAGGUAUGAAACGACAUAUGCAUAUGCAUAUAUGUAUGUGUGAGUAAGCUGUUUAAAAAAUAUUACGCCAUUGCAUAAAAUAAAUACAUAUAUACUUAUAUUAAUCAUAAACAUAUGUACUAUAUGUUUGUAUAUGUUGGAGAGAUUUAUAAGUAGAUACAAUGAUAUUAUUGUUGUCAUUUACAAACACAUACACUUAUGUAUUACCUGCAAAAACAAAACAAAAAAGUAAAUGUUUAAAUGAAAAUGCCGAUAUUCUUAUACAAUUAACUAUGUAUGUGCGGAUGUACAAUAGAUGCAUGCACUCAAAAAAAUAAAACAGCAAAUACUUUGUAAUACCCCCGCGUGCUGCUGUGACAGACGAUUACAGUGAUUCUUAUGCUGCGAACACGCGCCGCCGUAAACGCAGUCCCCUGUCAGCUGUUAAGAUCAACCCAAUGAGUGCCCCAUGUAAAUGAAAAAUUACUUUCCUUCCGUAUCUUAGUAUCGUAGAUUUUAUCGCAAGAUUUUGGAAAAUCCCCUAGAAUCCUGUCAGCUAAUUGCGCUCUCACCACACAGUUCUACCAAACAGUACAUUUCGAAAUCAUUUACAAGAUAAACUUAGAAUUUUAAUUUUUAUUAAAAUAACUUAAAAACAAUGUUGAAUAAUAUUAAUUAUAGAUAAAUGAACUAUUUGCAUUUGUUGGUUUUCGACUUUGGUUUAUUAAACCACUAGUAUGUAACCCCCGAAAAUCGGGUGGGCUUUUUUCCCACGGAAAGUAAACAGCAUAUGUGACACUUUUAUAUAUUAAAAGUUAUGAUGAUUAGAAAAGUUAAAUCAGUAUUUUUUUUUUUAAAUUACUUCAUUAUAAACUACAUUCAAUGUCAAGUUUUCGUUAUUGCCCAUUUGAACUCGUAUAUUUUCCCAGGAUCUAACCCGGCUUAACGCAACAUAAAGUUGGCCGUGAGCAAAGCAAUCCUCCUUUAAAUGAAGCCCCACCCUUGAUAAUGUUUGCCCCUGGGCCUUAUUUAUUGUUAUGGCGAAGGCUAUUGUAAUGAGAAAUUGGCGGCGCUUCAACGUAAAAGGAAGUGUGGUUUCGCUCGGCUGCAAAUUUAUACGAGGCAAUAGAAAUCGCCUUCCCUGAGCCUCUCCGCAUAACACUUCCGCGUGCAAACAAUUCGGAUGCAUUUACUUUAUGAUAAGUGGUGUGCCAUUCACCAACACAAUUAUACAAUUUUUUUUUUUGCCAUUCGUAAAAUUUCUUGGAUUUGCAAAAGUAAAAUUUUUUUUUUUUCACAGAUCUUUACGUUUUAAAAAAUUUUAAGAAGAAUGGUAAAAAAAAUUUUCAAAGUUCAUAUUCAUAUAUGAUUUGAUAAUGGCUGCAUACAUAAAAAUAUACAUGUACACACAUAGAAUACAAUACAAAGAAAAAAAAAACACUUAAAAAUGUAUAUCUGUGUCAAAAAGUUCGUUGAUUUGAUGGGUAAUAGUGUUCUUUUAAAUGGCGUUGGGCAUCGUCUAUUACUAUAAAAUUUGUCUGAGAAUAGCCCAAAUAUAGUUUACCUUUGAAAUAGUAUCAAAUAAAUAACUAAUUUGUCUCUCUCUCCCCAUUUUUUAAAACUAUUUAAAAUUUUGGGUUUUGCAAAAGGAUCAAACGCACACAAAAUUUUUAAAUACAUACAUACGUUUAUAUAUUGUAGUUCAAUUGUACCAUAUAUGAACGAAAACAAAAGUGGAUGCUUCUACCAAUCAUAUCCAAUACGUGACGUUUCAAACAUUUAUCACUUACUUACCUGCUCUAUUCCUCCACUUAAAGUAGGAACUAUUUUGCGUCUGUUCAAGACUCUUUCUAAUUUGCACUGUUACCGUUGUUUUAAGUGAAUUGACAAAUUUCAAGUCAAUUGUCAAUUCAUACCAAUUAUUGCCAUCAUAACAAUUUUUAGAAAAAAAUUCGCAGCACCCGUUGGGAUUAUGUUCAUGAAUACAUAUUUAUUAGUAAAGAGAACAAAACAAAACAAUUAUUGAGAAUCCAAAUGUAUACAAUGCUGUGCUCAUUAGAAAGAGAGCUAAACAAAGCAAACGUACUCAUAUAUAUGCGUAUAUUUGUGUGUCAUCUCGCUUUGCAUGACAUCGCUGUUAUCAAUAUGAAAAUUUUGAUAACUUUACACACAAAUAUUUCAUGAACAAAUUAACCAAUUUUAGCAGAAUAAGUGCCAUGUUUUAAAAUAAUACUAUAGAUGAAAAAUUGUAACUGAUGAACUAAAGUGAUGCAGCGACGAAAAAUUUACACUUCUUAAGACAAUGUCAGUUGAUUUAAAGGAACGGAGAAGUAAUGGAACCAAGUCUUAGAGUCCGGGCAAAUAAAUCACCCUAUCGUCGGAAAAUUAAUUACCCUUUAUAAUUUUUCCAUAUGGCAUGGUAGUAAGUCAUAUUUGACACUUGUGAACUAGACAGUGGCAGUAUAUAAACACACAGGCAAUGGAACGUUUAAAGGUCAAAAUAAAGAUUUCCUUCAAAUCAUUUUUCUAUAUAUUAUAUUUUUUCAUUAUCAUUAUUUGUUAUAUUUUACAAUAGUAAAAGAGUUGUUCAAAAACAAAAUGGAAUGAUUACUUUUGCGCCACAUUGUAGAAUGAGAAGUGCACCAGUUUGUUAUUAGUUUACUAUACUUCCCUGCGGGCUGCUACGAAGAACAUACACGCAAUAUUUAACAGGCCAAAAAUUAUGCAAGAACAUCAAACAUAUACAUAAUUAUAUGUUUUUAGUAAACCCAAAUCAAAGGAAAUGAUUAUGCAAAUUUUCGGAAAAUAUUGAGCACAAAUUAAAAACUUCCUUUACGCUGCAAAAAUAUCCAACAGCGUAUUUUUGAGAGUAGCCGUACAUUUAUGUGCCACUAAAACCAAUAUAUAGUUAUAUAGUUAUUUACAUAUACAUACAUAAGUAAAUAACAAAAAAAAAUGUGUACUAUUUCUUAUAAAAAGCAAACGCAUAUUUUGGGCAAUAAAUGAAAUGAAAUGAAAGCAAACGCAUACACAAUUACUAAUUUCUUAUGUGUGUAAAAAAAUAAAAACAAAAAUCAAAAAAACACUCCAUGCGCUCGAAUUUCUUUCAAAGUGUCUUUGUAUUAAUUAUAAGCAUAAAUACAUAUGUAUCGUAUGUACUAUAUGUAUGUAUGUCUUAUGUAAAGAAUUUUUCAACGCCAUGUCACUUAAGCUCAAUGUAUUCUACUAUAUGCACUAACCGUUAUUUAUAAGCGUACAAUGAAGGAAAGUCUACGAACACACUUACACACAUACUUAUAUACUUUAGUGUUUACAGGAAAUGUUUAGAAUUAAAUACAUAUAUUUUCUCGUGCAUAUCUAUGUAUGUAUGUAUACGUAAUUAAUUUAUAAUUAUUUAUGUAGUUAUGACUUUAGUGCAUAUAUUGUAAAUUUUAAGUAAUUUUUCUAGAUUCUCAUCUUGUACCUUUACUUAGGCUGUUGAUAUUUAGUACUUAAGUACGUAUCAAUUAUAAAUUU